GCGUUUUUGGCGUAGCAGGAUAGCGCUGCCCCCGGUUGAUUAACCGACGCACUUGAACCGAACGCGCCGCCGCUGGCUUGAAACGACGCGAACCGACGACAACCGACGACUUGAACAACGGAGCAGCACGAACGCCAUUCUCGGCGCUGCCACCGAACCACGAUUGUUCCUGUAUACAGAUGAGGAGGCCCGGGUAAGCAGCGAAUGUUAGACGCUUGGGAUCAGCGCGGAGAGACAACCCCCCAACCGACGACUACGUGACGCUGCCCGCCGCAACCCUACCGACCGACAGCCAUCAUGGCGGUUGCUCGCCCCGUGAGGGCGCUGGCGCUGACGGGCGUUGUCCUGUGGUGUUUCUUUGUAUGGCAGCUUUUCAAGCCAACAGGAUCGCCCAAGAGCCCGGCCAGGGUCCCUCUCCUGUCGAGAGAGCGCGAUCCUAAUCUAGACCCCACCGGCGAGCCCGAGGGUGUUCUGACAUAUGCGUCCGGGGAGUACGCACCCGGCCCGGCCGGCACCGCACGCAUCAACGCCACGCUUCUGGCCCUGGUGCGGAACGAAGAGCUUGACGGCAUGCUGCAGUCGAUGCGCGACCUCGAGAGGACAUGGAAUCACAAGUUCAACUACCCUUGGACCUUUUUCAACGACGUCCCGUUCACGGAGGAGUUCAAGCAAAAGACACAGGCUGAGACAAAGGCCGAGUGCAGAUACGAACUGAUCCCCAAGGAGCACUGGGAAGUGCCGUCAUGGAUCAACAACGAUCUGUUCACCGAGUCGAUCAAGAUCCUCAAGGAGAAGGAGGUGCAGUACGCCGACAAGGUGUCGUACCACCAGAUGUGCCGCUGGAACAGCGGCCUCUUCUACAAGCACCCGGCGCUCGAGAAUACGCAGUACUACUGGCGCGUCGAGCCCAAUGUGCACUUCUUCUGCGACGUCGACUACGACGUGUUCCGCUACAUGCGGGACAACAACAAGACGUACGGCUUCACCAUCAACCUGUACGACUCGCCCGAGUCGAUUCCCACCUUGUGGCCCGAGACGGUCAAGUUCAUCAAUGAGCAUCCCGAAUACGUGCACGAGCACAACGCCAUGAACUGGCUGACGGACAAGACGCGCCGUCCGAGCCACAACGAGAAGGCCAACGGGUAUUCGACCUGCCACUUCUGGAGCAAUUUCGAGAUUGCAGACAUGUCCUUCUGGCGGAGCAAGGCGUACGAGGACUACUUUAACCACCUCGACCGGGCUGGCGGCUUCUUCUAUGAGCGCUGGGGCGAUGCUCCCGUGCACAGCAUUGCCCUCGGCCUGUUUGAGGACAAGCAUCGGAUCCAUUGGUUCCGCGACAUUGGCUAUCAACACAUUCCCUUCUUCAACUGCCCGAACUCGCCCAAAUGCAAAGGCUGCGUGACCGGCCGCUUCACCGACGGCGAGGCCUGGCUGCACGACGAAGACUGCCGGCCCCUCUGGUUCAAGUUUGUCGGCAUGGGCUGAGGGUUCCUCGCCGACGUGGAGGUUUGGGGUUAUGUAUGUGUGACAUCGUUGGGUGAGCCGGGACGGUUGUUUUGGACUAGACGCAAAGAGGGGAUGAGGGUGUUUGGCGCAUGCGGUAUCGAUUUAAUUCUCAGGUCGUAUAUAGAGGUCAUGACCCGGUGGGCUGGAUGGAAAAUUGGAAUGUGUGCCCGAUAGAGGACG